AAGAGAACAAUUCGUAAACAAGCGAGACGCAACUGUUUCGCAGCGAGACCUUCUAACUCUGCCACAAAAUUCGUCUAUUUUCUCAAGAUUUUUCCCAAUUACUAACUUUUCGGAGAUCACCAUAAUACAGUAUUCUGUUCCUAAUCACAAAAAUGUGUGCCGCACCUACAAAAAUGAUGGCCAAACCAACCCAAGCAGUUGAACAGCAAACCAGCACAUGGAGCACUAUUUUUCCACCAGAGCAAAGGACUGUUCAAGAAUCUGCCAUGUUUGUGAAAAAACUUCUGACUGUUGGAAUUUCAUCUAUUACUUACCUGAGGGAUUUAUUUCCAGAAAAUGCAUAUGGGGAUCAUUGUUUAGAUGGGCUGAGCUUGAAAGUACUCACAGAUGAAUCCCCGUGUAAGCCAUCUAAGGUUCUGUUCUCUUGGAUUCAGUCAUGUUAUGAUGCAAUUGACAGACAAUAUCUUCGCCAGCUAACAUUAGUAAUAUAUGAAGACCCUUCUCAGCCUGAUGUUGUCCUUGAAACUUACACUUACAAGUUCAAGUACACCGGUGGUGGGGCCCCAGGAGUAGAGUUUUCAUCCAGUUCAGCUCAACCCCAAGAAAUGAAGUUUGAUGUUCGGAAGCCUACGAGGAAAAUGCUGAGGACAAUUUUCCUUUUAACACAGUCUUUGAGGCCUCUUCCAAGGAAGGUGCAUCUUGGGAUGAGACUCAGCUAUUAUGAUGAUGUUACCCCUCCAGACUAUGAACCUAAAGGUUUUGCAACAGCUGCUUCCAGUGACUUUCAGCAUGAAGAUGAAAGCAUCAAUAUUGCAGCAGGAGAAGUGAACACCCGUUAUCACAAUGUUAAAGUCCGGGUUUCUGUUGACAAGAAACAUUUUUAUGGUGAUGAAAAAUCUGCUGAAGAGACUGCUGCACAGGAGGUGGAGGAACAGGAGUCGUUAAACCCUCAUUCAGAUAAUAUAGUCCGAAGAUAUGGGUACAGAUUGGUCUCUCAGUCGUCAGACACAUCAGCCCCUUUUUCUCAGGUGAAAUGCAUUACUGGCAUGAAGCAGCAAACUGCCGAGGGAAGUGAUGCUUUAAGAUGUCCUACAACAGCCAAGGGUAGUAGUGUGAAUUCAGAUAUCCCCUCAAACAUGAAUGGAAACCUUGAAACCCAGGCUUCAGAAAACAUUGAUGGUAAUAAUAUUCUUCCACAAACCCCUCCGUCUAGUGCUUCCUACAGGGUCCCUGAAAUGUCUACCACAAAAGAACAUUGGAUAAUCCAGCUUCAUAUCCAUCAACUUCUUAUUCCAAUGUUCAGACACCCACUAGACAAACCUAUAAUACUCCAGCAUCUUCUUCUAGUAUUCGAAGUGUUAUGGUGCCUUCACCAUGCAUACUGAUCCGGAACUUCCCUGUGCGUUGUCC